UCCACAGUGGUCGCACGCGGUAGGUUUCCUGAAGGAAAUACGAGCGGACGCACGAGGCAGCUGGAGUGGAUUAAGAACAAUAUUCCAGGGAGACGCGCGUGCCUUUACGCAUCAGAGUGGAGUAAAUCCAUUCAACUAGCCCACAUAGGCAUAUUAUUAUUAUUAUUAUUGUUGUUGUUGUUAUUAAUAUUAUUAAUGUGAGGGGAGAAGAGGAGAGCCGUCGCGUUUCUCCUUGUGACGUCCAAACUACACCGUCAUCACAGACCACCGGGGAAAGUUGGAGUAACGCGGUGAGAGGGAGCACCUGGAUGUUUAACGCGUAAGAACGAGCUAAACAACAGGAAGGAAAGUGUUUAUUUCGCCGUUCAUGGACCGACUUCUCCGGAUAAACCGUGGAUACUCCGACACGCGCUGCUUCACCGGAAUAUGCGGUCCGUGACGGACUCUGCGAACACUUCUCCCUCUGCCCUGCUUUGAGUGCACCAAGAAGGGUCCAGGCUCCCCGUUAAAACUGUCCAGGGGUAUUUGCUCGCUCCACCAUGUCGGCGGCAGUGUUGCCGGUUUUCAGUGAAAGAGAGAGAGAGUGAGUGAGUGAGAGACACCGGGGGAGGGAGAGAGACGGGGCUGAACCGGACCGGACAGCGCGAGAGACCGAGCCUGUAUUUCGUCUUCAUGACUUGUGGGAUUACUGCUGGACGCGAAAUGAUCCUAAUUAAUAUCAUCACUUUGGUUUUUGUGUUGGAUGUGUGUGUGUGUGAUUCAGAGCUGGGCCCCCCCGGGUGGAGGGAACCUCUGGACUGCGUCCGAGCGUCAGAACUGUGCAACCAGAACAGCCAGUGCAGCUCACGUUACCGGAUCAUGCGCCAGUGCCUCUCUGGUGGGGACAAGGAGCGCAGCGCCAUGCUGGCCUCCAAGGAGUGCCAGGGGGCGCUGGAGGUGCUGCAGGACUCGCCGCUGUACGACUGCCGCUGCAAGAGAGGCAUGAAGAAAGAGCUGCAGUGUCUGCAGAACUACUGGAGCAUCCACAUGGGUCUGACUGAGGGAGAGGAGUUUUACGAGACGUCUCCCUACGAGCCGAUCCAUUUCUCAGAGGAAUUCCGACAUGCCUCCAUCAUCUCAGAUUCGUCUUUGUCAAAGGGGAGCCCCUGCUCUGAAGCGGGGAAACCCUGUAACCCCUGUCUGGACGCAGCGAAGGCCUGUAACCUCAACGAGACGUGUAAACGCCUACGAUCUGCCUACAACUCCAUCUGCAGCAAGGCCACGCCCCCUCAGCCCUCUCUGGCCAAUCAGGAGCCGUGCAGCCGGAAAAGAUGUCAGAAGGCCCUGCGUCAGUUCUUCGAGCGGGUAUCAUGGGAGUUGAGUUACCCUCUGCUGUUCUGCUCGUGCCCGGACCAGGCGUGUGCCGAGCGCCGCCGCCGCACCAUCGUUCCCUCCUGCUCCCACCAGGAGAGGCACAAACCCACCUGCCUGGAGCUCAGACGCACCUGCCGCUCCGACGCUCUCUGCAGGUCUCGGCUCGCUGAUUUCCACAUGAACUGCCAAAUGACAUCUCACACUGCCACCAGCUGCCCCCAUGAUAACUACCACGGCUGCCUCGUGUCCUACGUCGGCCUCAUUGGCUCAGAUGUAACGCCGAACUACAGCGACAGCAGUCCUUCCAACAUCACCAUCAGCCUGUGGUGCACCUGCAGGGGCACCGGCAAUCAGGAGCCAGAGUGUGACGCUUUCCACCGGGACUUCACACACAACACUUGCCUCAGAAAUGCCAUCCAGUCGUUUGGUUACGGCUCAGAAGGAGGGACUCUUCUUGUAACCGAGCCAUCGUCCACCUUCUUGCCCCCACCUCAGCCGCCAGUCAUCUCUAAACCCGCUCCCUCUCUACACGGCAACGCAAUCAAGCCCAUGGACAGUGCUUGUAUGUUUUCCACUUGUGCCAACCUGCAGGAUGGAGGCCAAAAGUGCAUCCCCUCUGAUGAGUUUGAGUGCGAGGAGGCUCUGUUGGCCCAGGGGUCAAUGGACUCUCAGGACUCUGCAGGGCCCAAGAGCAGCAGCCGGCAAUCAGCUCCACUCCUCUGCCACAUCUCUGUGACUGUGUGUGUGUCCGUCCUGCCAACGUUUCUACUCUUCGUCUCAUAAAUACGAACUCGCACAUACACACCGCACAAACACCCACAAGCUUAACAUUCACACACACACACACACACACACACACUCCCAUAAUUGGCAAGACCCAGAGAAAGUCACGUGACUCGGCGCCCUUCACUGUAUGAGAAAAUGUCAACAAACAGACAUCCAAACAUCAACAACGGUCUUUUGAGGAGGAAAAGUGUUCAGGAGGACUUUUCAGAUUAGCCGUCUCUCUCCACCACACACACACACACACACACACACACACACAUCGAUGAUAAAGAAGAAGAAACUGGACUGUGUUUAUUGAGGACGAGAAACAACAAAGGCAGAGACGGAGAGACUCUUGGGAUUUUGGAUCACAGUGACUUCAUUUCCAGUGCUCCGUGUCUGCAGGGUUUGUGUGCUUUUUGUGGAGCCCGGCUCUGACUCAUUCCCUCCAGCUUUUUUGGAUCUGAGACAGCUGGGCUGAAAACACACACACACACACACACACACACACACAAUCGGACAGCAAGUCUUAAAAUCUGCAGCGUGAGAGAGAGAGAGAGAGAGAGAGACGACGACUGGCUUUCUGGGCUGGACAGAUGGUACAGAUCCUUCCACGGUGUUUGUCAGCUCAAUUUAUCACUCCCCUGGACCUCUCUAGUGGCAAGAAAUCUAUACUGCAUACAUACAAAGCACAAACACACACAUACAUGUACACGCGCAUGCACACACACACACACACACAGUGUCGCCCUCCCCUUAGACCUCGUUAGCGGGCAAACAGGGUCCCCACACGGACACAAACACUCAUGCUGUACACCAGUGUGCUUUUCGCGGGUCUUUAUCUCAAUUUUGUGUCGACAUUCUGUACAAACUUCAUUUACUGUGGAAUAUGAAAAAAGUCCAUCCAGCGGAGUCUCAAUGGAAGAGUGUAUAUUUCACAUACUGUCAGUGUAUAGCUGUGUGAGCACAAAGUGUGUGUGUGUGUGUCUUUCUUUACGUGAGUGUGUUUGUUGGGGAGUGUGUGUGUUUCUGCGUGGGCUGUGUGUGUGGAUGCUCAGUGUGUAUGUGAGCAAAGAGAGGCUGUAAGGGUUCAAAUCUUAUACGCAACUGAAAACUUGUACCACUGCUGAAUACUUGAUGUUGACAUUUAAAUACCACUGAAUUGAUGGCUUUGAAAUAUUCACUUUGAGGAUUUUUAAGCAGUGAACAUUCAAAAACUGCAGUUUAACUUGUAGGUUAAAUGUCUCACUCGUGGAAGUAUUAUUUUAUAUGAUUUACAAGCUAUAACAGCAGAAAUUCAGAGAGCUAGAUUGUUUGUAAUUCGACUUGAGUCAGUGUCAGUUGAUCUUUAUCACUAGUUUAAGUUUGGAUCUCAGUGUUUUACUAACAUGAAGAAGGGACAGUGCUAGUUUCCCCGUUUGAAGCGAUGGGACUUCACUGCUGCACCUGAAAAGAAAACCAGUCAGUGUUGGCAGACGUGACCUACACCAAAGCAGAGCGUUAAACCCACCCAAAUAAUUUCCACUGAGGAGAGGUAACCCCACUCAGUCUUCUGUUUUAGUUUUAUUAGUAUAAUUAACCCAAAAAUACAGUUACAGUAAUGAAAACAAAUCUUAUGAGAACACGACGCUUUUAAAGAGGUGGUAUUCUGCUCAUUUUCAGGUUCAAAAUCUUAAUUAGCGGUUGUACCAGAACAGGUUUACAUGGUUUCAUUUUCA